UUGUUUGCUGUUGUGGUUGGCGCUUCCUCCCUCAGCUCUGUGCUGCAGACUCGGAGUCCCGGAGCCGGGGCGCUGUCUCUGUCUCUGGUCCGCCCGCCCGCUCGGCGGUGCCAGGCUCGCUCACGCUCUCUCUGGUCGCCAGGCUCCGGCUGACCUGGACUAACUCAAAGAUGGCGCGGACCGAGCCUCUAGUACCGUUACUGCUCUUGAUGCUGAUUCUGUUGCCGGGUAUCUUGGCUGGACCAGUUGUUGUUGAUCAGAAGGUAUCUGCAAUUUUGGACAAAAAUGUCACUUUAAAGUGUUUGGUUACAGUGAAAGAAACUGUAACUCAGAUCUCCUGGGAGAAGCAAGAACAUGGGACCUCAGAUACUAUUGCAGUGUUUCAUCCUCUUUAUGGAACCUCAAUCCAAGGUCGCUAUGAAGGAAGAGCUGUCUUUACAAAUCCAUCAUUAAAAGACGCAACAAUUCUUAUUACCAGAAUUGGGUUUUCAGAUUCUGGAAACUACAUCUGCAAGGUGGUCACUUUCCCAUUGGGAAAUUACCAAGAAACAAGCACUGUGACUGUGAUUGUUGAACCCACAAUAACUGUGGGAGGUGGCCCUGAACCCCUUGUAGAUGGUGCCAAUGAGACAGUUGCAGCAGUAUGCACGGCAGCCAAUGGAAAACCUGCAGCAGUUGUUUUCUGGGAAACGGAUCUCAUUGGAGAACAGGAGCAGACAAAGAUUUCAGACCUGAAUGAAACUGUAACUGUUGUGAAUCGAUUUAAGAUUGUUCCAUCCCGAUUUGUGAGGAAGAGACCGAUCACCUGCAUUGUGAUACAUCCACCACUGAAUACCACUACUCAAGUCCCAUAUGUCUUGGAUGUACAAUAUGCACCUGAAGUUACUGUGCUGGGAUAUGAUGGAAACUGGUUUGUUGGCAGACAAAAUGUGCAGCUCAAAUGCAAAGCUGAUGCAAACCCAUCACCUUCUGCAUACAUAUGGAGCAGAUCGGAGGGACAGUUACCGGAGGAUUUACAGAUUGAAAACGAUACUCUAACUUUCAACAGACCACUCAACCACAACGAUUCUGGCACCUAUAUCUGUGAUGUAGUGAACAUUCACGGACGUAGAAAAAAACAAAAGAUUGUUCAGAUAAGAGAUCCGCCCACUACUACCCUGCUGUCAACAACUGCACCUCUAAUUUACUCAACAGCAGGAAUCACAAGUUCAUCUGCUUUUACCCAGAGGCUUCCAAUUCCUUCGAAAAACAUGGAAUCUAUGAAGAGUGACAGUUUAGGAACCAUCAUCGGAGGUGUGGUUGGUGGCAUUCUCUUUCUCAUGCUUGUGGUAAUCAUCAUUGUAAUGUUUUACUUGAGACACCGGCGUACCUUCCGUGGGGACUACUACACAAAGCAGUUUGCUGGAGCUACAGAUAUACAGAAGGACUCUCAAAUGGAUGUUUUACAAUCAAAUCGAAUUGAGCCGUACACUGAUUAUGAGAAAAGUGAACAGAAGCUCGAACCAAAUAACAUAUUCCAGGAUUAUCCCAUAGAGGUGCAGAAAAGUAAAUGGCAAAGUGAGGACAAUAUAAAUAACAGGUACACUGAAGGCGUUGAGAUACCCGUCGAUUAUUAUGAAGAUCGAAAAAUUCCUAAUGCACCUCAGUAUUUGCAUGAUGACUAUUAUGAUGAAAAUGAAGAUGACCUUGUUUCACACUUAGAUGGUUCAAUCAUUUCUCGCCGGGAGUGGUAUGUCUAGUGGUUAUUGAUAAACGUUCAUAAAGUACAAGAGGGAUUUCAAUUCAGCUGAGAAAUGUAGGUUUCCAUCUCUUUGUUUCCUUUCCCCACAUUUUGAUAUGUGUGUGUGUCCUUGUUUUCCAAAGAGAGAACAAAAUGUGCUUUCCAUGAUGAAAAUAGAAAUGUGGUUUUGUACUGGAUUUGUAGUUAGCAUAAAGUGAAAUCUGAACUACAAAAUUGUAUUGACCGUGUAGAAAUUAUCCAAAUUUUUAAGGCCUUUGUGCUUAAAUGUGUCAAGAUCCUGUAACUGUUUAUAGCUCAGGCAAUUUCUGGGUGAGGCUUUGGCGGUAAAGAAACAAUUACCGCCUAUCAACUACUGACAUUUUCAUCCAUUCCUUCCAUAGAGCUCCCCCUGUAAACCUUACUAGUGCUUACUAUGUUUGUUUUACAUGUAUGUAUGGAGCAUAACGAUUUCACUCAUGGAGUUGGCUGAAUAAGAAAUUGCUUUGGUACUUUUAAAACAUUGCAAAAAUUUAAUUUUUAGCCAAAUUGAAUUGUUCACUUAUUUAAGUGUUUACAUUCUCCCCUCCUCUUUGUUUUACACAAUAUGUCAGAAAAGUAUAAAGAUUUGUUUGUUUUCUUGUCUGCACACUGAAGAGCACUCUUAAGCUUGCCUUGCCUGGAAAAACAUAGAACGCAGAGAAACAGUUGCUAGGCCAGUGCAAAUUUAUGUGCAUUGGUGCCUGAAUCCUGAACUAAAUGUAAAAUGAACUACAGUUCUUCGGGCAGUGUAGUGGGCCAUAUUUUAGAACUUAAUUAGUUUUUUUGAAAUCAACGUUAUGUUUGAGUAAUGAUACAGUUAACUAAGGCCAAAAUCUACAAUGCAGUGUUCUGAAACUUGAGGCUAUGACAAUGAUUAACAUUUCUUUCUCUAUCAUUGUGAGAUAUUUAUCUCUUAAAAUUAAAGCCAAACAUUGUGGUUUCAAGAGCUUCUAUGUACAGCUCUAAACUUUUCCCUUUUCACUGGAAAGCGCUUUUCUAAAGUGCUGAUUAUCACUUGUUUAUAGAUUCACACUGAGAUUGUUUUCUCACCUGCAUGUGUGAAUACAGAACCGCACAGCUUGUGAAAUAGAUUGUGGAUAUGGUACACAUGAAAAGCCGCUGAAGACUCUAAUAGGGCAAAAAUAAAUAAUGCUCUGAGCUUUGUGUUGAUGUAUAUAAAUGCAAAAGAGAUUUACUGUACAGUACUUUUUGUACUUUAUCUGUUUUAUAAAGUUAGUGCAAUGUUGAUUUGAUGUGCUGUUUGCUAAAUAUACAUUUUGCUGGAAAAAAAUCUUAAAUUGCCUCAUUUUAACUUAAUUCAGUUAUCAAAUUCAACACUGAAAAAUGCUAUAGGAUAUGCUUAAAUCUACUUUUUAUUUAAUGCUGGGAUUUUCUCAUGACAUAAAACAGUAAAUCGGAGUAUGUAAUGUGCUAUUUAUUUGUCUUUUUAAAAAAGGCACAUUUUUCUUUUAAAAAGAAACAAGAUGAAGGAAAAUGUCAAGCUAUUUUCACUAUACAAUAACUGUGAAAACUACAGUGUCAUGUCUGGUAUUUGGGAACUUAAUAAAUGAAGCAAGUUUCUGUUGA